CACACACUUCCAGUAACUUGUAAGCAUGAUCCCCAGACUCAAUAUGAAGUGACUGCAGGUAAACUGUCAGAAAAUCAGAUGUUUUUCACGUCCGUCAUGACACAUACUACCGUCCUCUCUGUACUUACAGCCGUUCAGGUCUUGCAGUUUUCAUCGCCAUCAAGCGCCACCCUCACAACAAAGCCAUGGGAUAACUAUAACUACAGUCCAGCUUCACGCACCGUCAAACCUGUUGCUGUGCACUCGCAUCAUGGAAAUGUAUCGAUCUCGCACAGCACCAGUGACAUGUACCAGCUAGCAUCAGGUAGCCGAAUCAGCCUGGACUUUGGUGUCGAAGUUGGAGGAUGGAUCAGUCUGAACGCGAACGUAGCGCAUGGUGGAAACUCCUCCUCGCCACAGCUUUCGUUAGCUUUCGCGGAGUCUCCAUCAUUCGUACGCGCAAUUGCUGACGACACUGGCUCGACACCCACUCAGGACUGGGAUCAAGCUCUGAAUGUCACACUACCCAACGGCUCGACGUUUUAUACAAUUCCUCGAGAAAGAUUCCGUGGAGGCUUUCGGUUUUUGACCAUCAAUGCCUUGACAAGCGUCGAGAUCACCAAUGUCACAUGCGAUAUUGGCUUUGCGCCGAACACACCCGACCUUCGUGACUAUGGCGGUCACUUCUACACAGACGACGACGAUCUCUUGGUCAGGACAUGGUACGCUGGAGCCUAUACGGUACAAACGAACAUCGCGCCAAAAGACACCGGACGCUGGCUCCCACAAGUCAGACCAGGAUGGGCAUACAACAACAGCAUCGGUGUCUCGGGUCCCAUUCUCGUCGACGGCGCAAAGAGAGACCGAGCAAUCUGGCCUGGAGAUCUAGGGAUUCAAGGUUCCUCUGCUGUCCUUGCUCUCGGUAGUGACGGACUCGAGUCGGUCUAUCACGCGCUAGAAACAUUAUUCUACUACCAAAAUGCGACCACCGGACGCUUCCCCUUCGCCGGGCCCGCGACAGGUAGCUUUCGCAACGGCGCAGAGAGCGACACAUACCACGCCUGGAGUCUAAUCGCAAUGUACAACUACGCUAUCUGGACCUCAGACCUAUCUUGGGUAGAAACCUACUGGCCCAACAUCACACGUGGUCUGGACUUCAUCCUGCGCGGCCUCAACAACACAGUCGGCAUGCAUCUCCAAACGCGGGCAAACGACUGGGCACGCCAGGGCGGGGGGGACUACAACAGCGCCCUCAACGCGCUGGACUUCCACGCGCUAUCCUCACUCGCCAGCCUCGCCGUCUCCCUCUCAUCAAUUAACACCACACUUCCAUCUCUCGACGCCCAAGCAUCACUCUGGACCUCCGCCGCCACACGGCUGAAGAACAGUUACAACACCCUCCUCUGGGACGCCUCUGCCUCUCUGUACCGCGACAACACGACCACGGCCCUACAUCCACAAGACGGCAACGCACUCGCCCUACUCUACAACCUAACCACCUCGGACUCGCAAUCCUCCGCACUCUCCCAAGCACUGACCAAGUUCCACGGCCCCAUCGGCCCACUCACCCCAGAGCUACCAGACACCAUCUCCCCAUUCGUAUCCAGCAUCGAGGUCCUCGCGCACUUCGCGGCGGGCCGGCCCAAGCGCGCUCUGCAUCUGACGAGGACGCUGUGGGGCUACCUGCUCGACAGCCCGCUGAUGACGGGAUCCACGCUUGCCGAAGGACUCAGCGCAAAUGGUUCACUUUACUACAGGGGGAACGCGGGGUACAAGCACGACGCGGCGUAUACCUCGCUCAGCCACGGAUGGAGCUCGGGGCCGACGGUGGGGCUGAGUCUGAGCGUGGGCGGGCUGGAGAUUGUGGGGUGGGGCGCGUGGAGGUUCAGGCCGCUGAGCGAUGGGAGGGUCAGGAGCGUCGAUUCUGGGUUUGAGAGCCCGCUGGGGCGCUUCGAAGUGCGCUGGGAAAUCCGGGGUGGGGAGCAUGGUGCCGCUUUUGAGUUCGAGGCUAGCCUCGCUGUGCCGGAGGAAGCGAAUGGGACCGUUGAGCUUGCGUGGGUGUGUGAGCGUGUCAGCGUAGAUGGCCAGGUUUAUGCCGGCGAGGCACUUGAGGGCGGUGCGCAGCGGUCGGUAAAAGCUCGAGGCUGUGUUUGGGGUGAUGAAGAAUAGGAAUUUUGCUAGAGGGCAUGUCCAACCAGCAGAUCGUCUCAGUCGGUACAAAUCAAUCCCUCGUUUUGAUACAGCGGAGGAUUCAUCAGCCCAAUCAAAUCGCGC